AUGCCCAAAAGUGGAGAACCCUCCCAUGGUCAUGGCCCACAUGCCCCAGCAGCUCCUAUUAGAGCUAUAAUCAACUACAUACACAGAGGGCCCUUGAAUGAUGAGUACAACUCUCAAAGAAAAAGACAGAGAUUGUUGCGGGCAGCCACUAUCCGGGAGCACAUAAGUUCCAUUCGGCCGGGAUUGGCCAAUGGGAGCAUUCACCCCAUAGAUGGAACCAUCGUUUUUCCUGCAAUAGAUCUCGCUCGAGUGCUACAGCCACAUCUAGAUGCUCUCGUCAUGACAUUAGGGAUUAGAGACUUUGAUGUGAAAAUGAUCCUAGUCGACCCGGGUAGCUCUGCAGACCUUUUACAAGUAUCAGUCGUCAAACAAAUGGGUUUCAUACCAUCCAGCCUGGAAAAUCCUAGAAGAAUGUUGUCCGGAUUCAACGGUGCUUCCACAACAUGA